AUGCUCGUGUACGGCACGAUCGCUGCAGCAGGGUCUGCCAUCGGCCGAGUGAAGCUGUCUACCCAGGCUGUCAAGGCCGUCUGCCUCGCGCAGAAGGCAAAGGUCGAGGUGGCGUGGGGCCCUAAGGAUGUGGACAACAUGAGGGAGGAGUACGCCGGAGACCUUGACCGGAUCGAGGAUGAUGUCGUUGGGGCUGCUCAUAUUGGAUAUGCCCGAGAGGAGCUGGAGGAUGCGCAGCCGACCAAGUUGACACACCAGAGGGGUGAAAGGUCAAGAUGGCGCUGCUUGACAUCAAGCGGGCCAUGA